AUGGGAGGAUUUGGAGAGGUCAUGGAGAAUUACGGCUUCGAAGAAGAUUCUGGGUGCCCCAUCCGGUGGCUCAAUGGAGAAACAAAGAAAAACAGGAGCAAGAAAAGAUCAACUGAAAAGCAGAAGAAUCUUCAAUUGGUGAAAACAAAGGUGGACUUCCCCACAAUGGUGAGGGCUCAUCAGGCAGCCUAUACUUUCCUGAACCCAAAUAUCUCCAAAUAUGAAACCCUGCUGGGCCUUCUGGACAAUGCUGCCCAGACGCAGAUGUCCCUUCAGCCCAUGAUGUCUACCUUGGUGCUGUGUUUUGAGGAGAUCAACCAGGCACUAGAGGAGAUGGCCGAGGAGGGAGAGCUGAUGCUGAAGGAGCAUGGGGACAACAUGGCCCUGCCUUCUGGCAUGAUAACCCAACCUGGAAGGUCAGUUAAACCUAGUACUGACUCAACAAAUAUCCCUGAUCCACCUCCAGAUCUUUUACAGCAACUGCUCCAGCACUCAGCAGAAAAAAUUAAGCUAGUUGGAGGCUCAGUCCAGGCAGUGGGGGACAAAACCCUUGAGGAGGCAGUGGAGUAUUUUUCUUCUGCUUCUAAAAUUCUGGCUGAAAAAUUGCAAGCUAAACAGAAAGCAGAGCACAGGAUAACUCAAGUGCUUGCAAGGGUUGAGGGGGCAGCCAUGUGGAAGUCAAACCUAGAAGAUGCUGCACUGCACAGUGAAGACAGCGGUAUCGGAGGUGAGAAUGAGGGUUUAACAGGGUCAGAAAGACCACCGUCGCCACCGUGGAGUGCUGGAUCUGGUAGUUGUGGAUCUGGAGCUAACGUUCGGGUUAAUAGCAAUGAAGGGGGCUUAGUCAUCAAUGACAACAACAAUAACAACAGCUGGCCUGACAGCAGGGAUGACCUGGAUGUGGAUAACCUACCACCUCCUCCCCCCGAGGUUCUAAUGGAUAAUUCCUUCCAGAGCAAUGAAGACCAACCAGGAAAUGAGGAAGAGUCACAAGAAGAUUCUGCUCGUAAACUCCCAGUAAUACACCAGAGGACAGGAAUCUCCCAAAAACUGAAGAUAUCAGUGCAGAAUGUAGAGGUUCUGCCAAACAAAGCAACUUCUGCCUGUGAUAGCACCGCCUGUCUCCAGGGUCCGGCUUCCACCAUCAUGUCCUUCUGUGUGCCACCGAUUUCCAAGUCCCCCUUCAUUCCGACCACAGCCUACCUCUAG